AGAUGAUUGGUGACGUAGGCGACCGAGCGUUUAUUUUGGCUCUGCUACUCAUUUGUCUCAGUGUCGCCGCCAUUAAACAACGCGAAGGCGAUGUAAACCAUGAAGUGUCGCCGAUUUAAAUCAUGAUUCGAGGAGUACAAGUCUCUGCCAAGGUGUGUUGUAUUUUCCGAAGACGUUAACGUGUCCGCAGAGGUAAACAUGUGAGAGCAAAAAGGGGGUCGAAAUAGCUUCGGGAUUGAGAAAGGUUUGACAGAGGAGCAGGAGGAGGAGGACUGUACAAGAAGGGGGUUUGUUGUGGUUUUCAGCAGCACUUGUGAAACGAGCGUAGCCACGGUACGGUAAGAGUUUGGCAUAUUUCUCUUUACUGAAGAUAUUUUAGUUAAUGUCACGUCCUGUAACUGUAACUGUAACUCACAGUCGAUAUACGUAACCGUGUAAACACGUUAGCUGUGUAUGCUAGGUGUUUAGCUCAUGAGCUAGCAAGCAAAUGGGUCUCAUUGAGGGUGAUUUAAGUUAGUUUGUCAUACGAGGGGAGUUUUAACACCUCGUAAGAGAUAUUUUAAAGGCAUAACUAUUAAAACAAGAUUGUGUUUAUGCUUCAUGUCUAACCAGAGCUCUCAUUUCAGGUUGAACAGCCAAAGUGAUCCACAAUGACGGACCAGAAGAUAAAGUGGGUCUGUGACUACUGCACCUAUGAAAACUGGCCAUCUGCGGUUAAGUGCACUAUGUGCCGUGCUCAGAGGUCAAGAGGUCCUAUCAUUACAGAGGAACCAUACAAAAACACCCCUGCUUUGGACCCCAGUCUGGUUUGGGACCCUCCAAGAACUGAGAGUGGCAGCAGCCUCCUCAUCUGCCCUGACUCCAGUGCCAGGCCAAGAGUCAGGUCCACCAGUGUGGCAGAAAUCGCCAAUAAGUGGUCCUGUCACAUGUGCACCUACCUGAACUGGCCCCGGGCGAUCCGCUGCACACAGUGCCUGUGUCAGCGCCCGAGGACCAGCAGCCCGACAGAGUCCCCCCAGACGUCAGGAUCCAACGCAGGCUGCCGUACCGCCACCCACUCACCUGUGGAUACCUGUGAGGAGUACAAUGACAGGAACAGACUCAAUACCCAUCAUCAGCACUGGACAUGCACAGCUUGCACUUACCAGAACUGGCCCAAAACUGCAAAGUGUGUGGUGUGCGACCACCCCAAGCCCAACAACCAGGAAUCCAUAGAGCUCGCCGAGUCCGCCGAGCCGACCCCGCUGAUCAACGAGCAGGACCGGGCAAGGUGGAGGGGCGGUUGCAGCGGGGGCCAGGGCCAGAGAAGGUCCCCUCCUACGCCCAAGAGGGAAGACAACGUGAAAAUGGACUUCCAGAGGAUAGAGCUCGCAGCUGGAGCCAUGAGCAGCAAAGAGGAGCAGGAGGUCGACUUCAAGAAGCUAAAGCAGAUUAGAAACCGAAUGAGGAAAACAGACUGGCUGUUUCUCAAUGCGUGUGCGGGUGAGUUUUUAUCCACGGUUACUCAUCAUUCCUGGAAAGGCUCAGAAGACUAGAUAAGUGAGUUAAUGGUUCGAAAGAAACCAACCAAAUAUCACAACCAAAGGCGUCACUUUGACAGAUAUAGAUUAGACCUUUUAUUUUCCGCUUGCAGUGUGACUUGCACAUUUCAUGAAAAUGAAUACAGAGUAUUUAUCAGCUGCUGAUAAUGUGUGACAAAACCAAAGCCCUCGUUUCUCUCUAGGCCCUCCCAGGACACGCCUGCUAGUACAAAGAUCCCUACUUCUGUCCCAGAUUUUCUUAGAAACAACAUUUCAGAAACAGAAUCAGAAUGUCCUUUAUUGUCGUCAUACUAAAAGUACAACGAGAUUGGAGAGCUUCUCCUUUUCCAGUGCAGUAGACAAGUAAAAAUAAGGUAGUAAAAGUACAAAUAGUUGUAAGAAAGAAGGUAAUAAUAUACAAGACAAGAAUUCUAAAAUAAAACGCAUGCAUAAGAAUAAAAUAGAAAGAUAAAUACUAAAGACAAUUAUCAAAAAUAAAUAUAUAUAUGUGUGUGUGUUAGAAUAUAUGUAUAUAUGUACAUUUUCAAUAUGUAUAUGGACAUGUAUUGCACAGGUUAAGGAUAUAAUAAUCAACACAGCAGCAGUAACAUUGGUAAUGUCCAUGUAGAUUCUCAUUCAUCCAGAUCAUGGUUUUCUUCAAGACUCCAAAAACAGGCAACAGGCAACUCUACAUGGUCCAGUUGCCUGUUUUUUGGAGUCUUCAAGAAAAUAACAUUGGUAAUAUUGCACUUGUCAUCUCACCAUGAGGGCUGGAGCUGGUUUAUGGGAGUUUAAGACGGUGAUGGCUCGAGGGAAGAAGCUGUUUUUGAGUCUGUUGUCUAUUGUCGCUGCAGGAUUUUGUUUACUCCAGAGGUGACAGAGCGAGAUUCCUUUAUCAGGAAUGUUUUUCAUCUUCAUCGUGCAACAUUUAGUUUGGUUUGAGUCUGUUUUAUUACAGUGCAGAUUAUCCUCACCCUGGGAAGGCUGAAGUUGCAUACUAUUGUGAUCCCCUCGGUGUUUUAUUAAUGAAUGAACAACACGUCUCUUUGUUUUGACUACAAAUAUUAUAGUACAACAGGAAUUUAGCAAAGCAAGAACCUGGCAGGCUCUGUGGGAAGGGUUUAAUUUCACAAGGUAGAGCUUUCAGCUAGAAAAUAUCUGCUGUAGUGAGCUGAUACUUAUCUCCAACAAAGCAUAAAUGACGCUGAAUGGCAGCAUAGUAAUGAUUUGUAAUUAUACAGCGAGUAGGAAUCUGAUCCAACACAUCUCUGGACCCCUGAGCUGCCCUGGCUGGUGCCAGUGAGAGCGUCUUUGAGAAACUGAGAGGGUGUGAGUGCUUCCCAGCCGGUGGGGAUGAAUGGGCCGUCUGGCCAGCGCAGUGAGAGUAGAGCCCGUGGACCAGAGGCUCUCCUGGCUCGCAGUCAAUAGAGCCUGUAAACAGUGGUGCUUAUGUGCUGAGCAGGGGCCCCCGAGGAGGCAAAAAUAGCCUUGACAAGACAUGUACACCCGUCAACAAAAAAAAAAAAAAGCAAAAAGCUAAAGCAUGAAGGGAGCACAUGAUCAGUGUCCUCCUCACCUUUGCACUGACUGCCCUCUGAAGCUUGUUGUUGUGGAGUAGAAAACAUCACUCUGAGGUCGCAGGGGGACUCUAAAUCUACCUGAUAUAGACUUUUCCAAUCUAUUUUCUAAUCCUUCAUACCGUUCGGCCGUUUUGUAUCCCUGCAUUUUUCAGUUCGACUGCUUUGUGCUGCAGCUGGGCUCUUUGAAAGAUUGUCAGAGGAGGAAGUGCCUGAGCCGAGCGGCGCAUAACGGCCAAGCAAAGCACUUCCUCAGGUCUCACAACUUGAUCUCACUUUGCUUUACUGUUUUCCCCACAUUUCUAGUCUCCUGUUUUUCCAGCACUUUGUAUUUGAUCCCGUUUGAUUCAGCUCUCCCACAGAAGGAAGCAGGUUUUGUUUAUGUAAUAUUGUUCUUUUGUUCCCCCUGAAAGACUUCGACUGGCGAGUCUUACAGAGGCGGAUAAUGUUUUUCCUGUACGAGCGUAUUAUGCUCCACUUUGAUGGCGCUUCUGAUGAUGUUUUAUACUCUUUAUUGAAUUAGUAUGAUGACAAAAAAAAACUUUGUAGAGGAGCGGUUUGCGUUCGCCUUGGAGCGCUAGAAAGGAUGUCGCUGAUCAGCUGAAUUUUUAUCUAAACAGGCUGAAAGGAAUGUCAGCCACUCAUGACUACAAAAUCUGCAGAAAAUAGAAACAUCCUUCAGAGUGUAUUUGUAUGGCCAUGUGCGUGUAUGUAUAACAAAAUAAUUAAAUGUGCAAAUCCAGGCAACCUUAAGGUCCUUACACACCGGAGCGACACGAAUAUAGAACGCAAAAAUACGAAAUAUUCGGAGGCGAAUUUUGACACGUCUGACUAUACACACCAAGCCAGAUGCGAUUUUGUGACUUUCCGGGGGGAAAAAGACGCAUCCCAGGGAAGACUUUUCCGGGGGAAAGUCCCGCCUCUUUCGCCUCUGAUUGGCUAGAAAAGCUGGAAACGUCAUCACACGCUCAAGCCAAACUAUCAGCACUUAUAGCCAAUCAGAGGCGAAGGAGGGCGGGACCUUUCCCCCUAACAACCAGCAUCCCGGCUGGAAGCGAUAGGACAAAAAUAGAGUUUACUUCGACUUCAAUUGAUGGCAAAUUGGUACUCAUUUUGCUUUCUGAAAAGAAAAAAAAAUGUAGCACAUGAGUGCAUCCAAUAUUACAAAAAAGAAGAGAACUUGGUGAGACAACAUGCAAUCUGAUUGGUCAGAAGUGGACACACAGUUUGCGAAACUUUAGAAAAAUCAACCAUAAUCCUAAAAAAUAAAUGCCACAAUAUCGCAGGACUGGAAAACGUAGCUGAUGUGAACAAUUGUAGGAUAGGGGUUCGAAAAAACCCCAAAAACGGUCCCAGUGUGAAAGGAACUUAAGGUGCGAAUAGAUAAGACAAUUUAACCAGGCGACUCCUAAUACAACAGGAUACCACGCUUUUAGCUUUAAAAUCUAAACUUGUUUUUAUGUAAACCUGUAUGUCUGUACCUGCAGCAGCUACAGUGUAAAUAACUCCAGCUGGGUCUUUAUCCGUCAGCUUCAACCUCCAGUGAAAGAUGGGACAGUAAAGGUCUUGAAGAACUUUUUCAUCUUCUCAGUAUCUUCUGCUUGUACCGUAUAUUCGUCUUCUAUCACUCAAUUAAUUUCUAUUCAAGUUCUCCUCAUUCAUGACAACAUUGCGACCACAUUUGACACAUGAAUGACAUCAAUAUUUCAUCUAACGUGUAUUUUGAAUGCCAACUUUGCUGCACGGUUCAUGGAGACAUUUGAUACAAGGUCGUUUACACUGCCAUACAGUCAUAUUGAGAGUCAGCUGCUUUCCUUUAACAGUCACUGUCUUAAAGUCUCGGAUAAAAUAGCACCUCUGAAGUCCAGGUUUGCACUUUUAAAUAGGAAAACACCUUGGAUAAAUGACAGUAUUCUGUCUUUUAAACAUCCCUGUUGUCCAAACACAUCUAGUUGUGUAUUAUGACUAUUAAAGAUUAUUAUAUUAUCUUAUUUUUAAUAUAAACUGAGCAGGAACUUUAAAGGCGCUGCUGUGGCUCAGUAAGGACAGCGUGUCCUCGACUAACCAGAGGAUUGGACCUGCAUGCCUGUUCAAGAAUACUGUAAGAUGAUGUCUUGACAGUUUCGUCUGUACCUUAUAGGCCCUGUAAUCGGUGAACAAAAGUAUGUGUCACUUUAAGACACUUUAAGUGGUUGUAGGAGUAGACAGGUAUUAUAUAGGUGCAGGUUAUUAACCCUUUAAAGCAUGUUUUAGUGAAUGUUCACCAUUCAGAGAUAGCUUUGUCAGAAGUAGUGAAGGAAUUGGCCAAACAAAAUCAAGAGUGUAGAGGAGACAGAGAUUAAAAGUCAAAGUUUCAUCACAAACAAAUAAAGUCCAGUGUGCUCGUUUCAUCCUCUUAGAACAGGUCAACAUAUUUUUGAUUUUUUUUUACGACACCUCCUGCGUGCCAGCGGCUCGAUCGCAGCCAGAAGAAUUCAGCAUCUAUUUACGGACCUGUGUUCACAAAAUAUCACCCAGCAUGCGUAAAAGGAGACCGGUCGUUCUUGGCACAUUCCAGCCCAGGUUCUCUCGAGGUAACCAUCCUCUUCCCAGCCAGAGAGAACAUCCUCUCAUCAGGCUGUCGCUUCGAUUCAACCCCGCGCUCGGAUGUGCGGCGCGCUACCUAGCCGCUGCUCAUUUCAGUCAGAGCAGAUGUUGAGACUGUGACAUCCAGAGGAGGAGGGGGAGGACGCUAAUCUGCACAGGCUGUCCUCUGUGUGACACAGCUCUGUGAUAGCUCUGCACUAAAGAGCUACACUGCGCUGUCUGUUCGGCUGUGUUUUAGCCUGACAGGGUGACAACUGUUCUCACACUGGGUAAGCUAGUGGCUACGUCUAGAGGUCAUCUGAGAUGUUGGAUUGACGUCAAAAGCCAGAGAGCUCUGUUCCCUCCUCAAAUAUUCCUGCAUACUUCAACCCGUUCCCUCCGCUUGAAUUUGUUAUGUAAAUUCCUCCAGGAUUUUAAUAUUAAUUGCUCGUGAACGAAAACAGUGUCAUGUGUUGGCACGGUUUGAUGGAUAUUUCUGUAGUUCUUUUUAUUGAACAUGACAAGCUGGCUGUUACAUCUUGCUGUACAAGCGAAGGACAUGGAUUUGGAGCCGCUCCAAAAGCCACUCUAAUCCAUUUAUGAAGAAUCAGUCUGUUGUAAAAGGAUUCCCUCUCUUUUCAACAUCAAUUUAUGUCCUUAGUGAUACGUUUAAACAGGAUAUAACUAAACUUUUAAAGCCGAUAUUUACAGACAUGUAGUUAACAGUUUAUUCGGCACCUUGUGUGUAUUGAUGAAGCCAAUAACAUGAAAAAUUAAUCCUAAAUCAAAUAAAAAGAUAACAUUUUGUUAAACAUGUUGCUGUGCAUGAAAGUAGGAUGAGAUAUGAAUUAUUUCUUCCUCAAUGCUGCAUCAAAUCAGUUGUUUUUUAAUGGAUAAAAGCCUAUGAUUUUAUUUUCCCCUGAGAACAGUAGUGUCUUUACUUUUUUUGCUUAAACUACACAUAAAAAAGUGCUAAAAUGCAAAAUAACACUAAAGGUCCUUACACACCGGGGCCAAUGCGAAUAUAGAACACGAAACGAUGAAAUAUUCGGAGGUGAAUUUUGAUGCGCCUGACUAUACACAUCAAUUUGCAUGGUCCUUAAGUUAUGACCCACUUUUAUAAAAUUCAAACCAAGCUAAUUUAUUUUUUAUAAAAAAAAACUUUUAAAGACUCAAAUCUUUAACACAAAAACACCCGUUUUAUUGAGUAAAGUGCAUUCCAGAGCACAUGAACUGAGGACGACAACUACUGAAGUUGCAUAUACAGAAAAUAUCAAACAUCAAGAAAAUGUCAAAUUGCACAAAAUAAGCUAUUUUUCCAAAAUAAAAGACAUGUCAGACAUCAGAUGCGCAUUAAAUAUUUUCUUUUUUGACCAGAUGUUUGCGACCCAUCCAGAACGUGUCCGUGACCCCCUUUUGGGUCGGGCCCCACCAGUUGAGAACCACUGCCCUAACUCCCAUUAAACAAUGUAGAAAUCUCAUAUCAGCAGCCUGUGAACAUGAAUCCCUGGGAAAGUAACAGCACGGAUAAAAUUAGGCACUUGUGAUCCAUUUUUAAAUUUCAGUUCCAGCAUUUGUUUCCUAUUUUCUGACCUUCCUUCCUUCCUUCCUUCUCUCUUCCUCCUCCUCCCCCUUGCCCUUUUGCUGCAGGCGUGGUGGAGGGGGACCUGGCAGCAGUGGAAGCCUACAAGUCGUCCGGUGGUGACAUCGCCCGGCAGCUCACUGCAGACGAGGUGCAGCUCCUCAGCCGCUCCUCUGCAUUUGAUGUCGGCUUCACGCUGGUGCACCUCGCCAUCCGAUUCCAGAGGCAGGACAUGCUCGCCAUCCUGCUUACAGAGGUAUGCGCCCUGAUCGGUCUAUUCACAUCAAAGCUGCAGGUUUUUAUUAAAUAAAACUUUCUCUUUUAACAGCAAGAACCCAGGGAUCAGAUCUAACAGAACUUGCUUGCACUCUCAGGUUUCAGUUCAAAGUUUAUUCAAUCAGACUUGUAAUAACAAGUCAAAAGAGCGACUAUAAUUUUAGAGCUCUUCCAUACUCUUCCCUGUCACCCACAUCAGUCUAUGACUGUUUUGUGCCAAAGUAGAGGAUAUAAAGCAGAAGCCCGUGAUGCCUAUAAUUACAGCAGGAGUGCACUUUGAGGAUUAGGUGGAGUAUUAGCCUGGCUUUGGUCCUGUCACUGGUUCCUAAUGGACCCGGUGCCACAGAGCUGAUGUGGUUUGCAAGGAAGGCUGUGUUUAGGUCAGGGGAAAAUGAUGGCCCUUUCAGUGUUUAUAGUAGAAGUUCUUCUUCUGUGUGUUAUACCAGUCUGCUCCAUCUUUAUGCUGGGAUUUCUCUCAGAAACUGGCAACUGGUUGUGCAGUACUAAAGCGAAGGGUUAGAUCUGUAUUAGUGUCCUGUGUUUAAAAACUAUUCAAGGCUUUUAUAUGUAUUACAAGACACAGAUCUUCCCCAUGAAUGCCUCCGACUUCAUCAAUCUGCGUUCUUUUUCUCAGGUGAACCAGCAGGCGGCGAAGUGCAUCCCCUCGCUCGUGUGUCCUGAGCUGACAGAGCAGAUCCGCAGGGAGAUUGCAGCCUCACUACACCAGCGCAAAGGAGACUUUGCCUGCUACUUCCUCACUGACCUGGUGACCUUUACCCUGCCUGCAGGUACCAGUGACGGCCUGAUAUUCAGUCCAAAACAACAACACUGACUUUUUUCACAAGGGAUUAAACAUAAGAAAUAUAAACUACUUAAACAAAAACUUGGAUAUUGCAUAUUUUUAGCAAAGUGUAGCACUUCAGUAAAUGUUGUUGAAAAUGUACAGGGUGAUGUUUUCCCCCCUUGGCUACCCUUGAAACAGCAACUCAGUGUCCUGUUUGUGACAUCCACUUUUCUUUCCAGAGCCACCAGCUGUGCUCAGAUUUAGAGCUGGCAGAGCUGCAGGAAUGAAAGAUUACUCAGGCCUCACUGAUAGAUUUCUCUUUUUUCUUAUCUGACGUUACGCCAUAUAUUUCAGCUUCAGUCUGCGUUUGGCCUACAGCCAGCUUUGGGACGCUCCCCCUUCUGUUUCUUCCUCUCUCUCUCUCUCUCUCUCGCUGUAUCAAACAAAGAGCCUGCCAUUCACUAUAGAGCUAGAAAAUAGCCACCAGUGUUUGGCUUUGUGAGUGCACAGUUCAAUACACACAGAAAACACAUCAUGCCGUACAGAGCUCGUGUUUACAGUGUGCCAUUGACAAAAUGUCAGCCAGUGAAUGGGAUUGCAAAGAACAUCCCCUCUGUGUGUCAUUACUGCAGCGUCUCUGCUCCCCUCAGAGCUCCGCGCUAUUAUAUUCUAAUGAGAGUGACAACAUGUCUCAUCCCGUUCACUUUGCAGAUAUUGAGGAUUUGCCUCCUGCUGUCCAGGAGAAGCUGUUCGAUGAGGUGUUGGAUCGAGAUGUGCAGAAAGGUAUGCAAGAUUAACUCCUGUUUAUCUUCGAAGAUUUAAGAGGAAUGGGGAGUGAACGUCAACGGUUCUUAAUCUCUGUGUCGACUGAAUGAUUGAAGAGGCAGUAACGCUGAAAGAAAAUGAAACAUCACCCAUAUGUGCUUUAAAAAUGCCUUUAUUACCAAUAAUCAGGCCUCUAUUGUAUUAUUCCUUAACUAGAAUUGGAGGAGGAGUCCCCGGUCAUCAACUGGUCUCUCGAGCUGGGCACUCGCCUGGACAGCCGCCUGUACGCCUUAUGGAACCGCACAGCAGGAGACUGCCUGCUGGACUCUGUCCUACAAGCCACAUGGGGCAUCUACGACAAGGACUCCGUGCUCCGCAAAACACUCCACGACAGCCUGCACGACUGCUCUCACUGGUAAGACACCCAGACCUACACAGACACGGGUGUCAGAAACAUUUUUACUGCUGAGCAGCUGUGAUUGAACGGGUGACCUUUGCAAAGACAAUGAAAGUAGAUUCAAGGUGUGUGAGUGUGCAAAGAAUACAGGAUGCACGUUAUCCUACAAGUUUGUUUUCAUCAGAUCUUCUACAGCUGAGGCUAUGGAUUGUGUUGCUGAUUAUCAUUUUUGCACAGUAGAUAUUAUCAUUUAUGAUGGAGUACUAGGGCCACAUUAAGAAAAAAAAUGAAGACUUUGAGGUUAAAGUUGUUAACUUACGAGAAUAAAAUCGUAAUAAAGUCCUGUUGUUUAAGAUGACAGUAGUUGAAAUGAGAGCCAUGGAGCAUUUUGUGAAAAAUGUACUUCACUAUGUUUUUCAAACAAGAAGAUACUUAAUCUUGAGGUACAUCAGCACCACAUUAUCAAAAGUAUCAGAAUGAUUUUAUUAUGACUUUAUUCUCUUUAUUACGACUUUAUUAUCAUAAGUAAUGAUUUUAUUACAACUUUAAUUAAUAUUUAUUACGACUUUAUUCUCUUAAUUUCUUUAUUACAACUUUAUUCUUAUAAGUAACGAUUUUAUUACGACUUUAUUCUUGUAAGUAACGAUUUUAUUACGACUUUAUUCUCUUAAUUUCUUUAUUACGACUUUAUUCUUAUAAGUAAUGAUUUUAUUACGACUCUAUUCUUAAAAGUAAGGAUUUUAUUACAAUUUUUCGUAUGUAAUUUCUUUAUUACAACUUUAUUCUUGCAAGUAAUGAUUUAACCACGACUCUACUCUUGUAAGUAAUUACUUAAUUACGACUUUAUUCUCGUUAGUAAUGACUUUAUUCUCGUAAAUUAACGACUUUAAUCGCAAAGUCAAAAUUUUUUUCUUAAUGUGGCCCUAAUGCUCCAUUGUAAUUAUUGCACAUUUAUUAUAUUGCAUGUUAUUUUUGCACACGUUAUAUUGAUCAAUAACCUUAAACCUGCUGAACUUUGAAAACUAGGGGCAAGAUUUGAAGCAUGAAGAUCGUUUUACUCAAAGACUCAUUAUAUUCGAUGAAGGGAUGUACACUCAAGAUGAUGUUUUUCUUGCCGUUGAUUAUUCAGUGUGAAAUUCGGCAAAGCUGAGCAGGAGUCCUUAAAGCGCUUUCCUGUCAGGGCGGUUAACGUGUGUGAGAGACACAGCGGUCACAGUCCUCGCCUCCUGGCUGUUCAUUGACUUUGAUCAUUUGACUCUGAAGCUCAUAAAGACUUCUCAUCAGGAUAUUUUCAUACUUCCUUUACAUAAUGAAACACUAGAGGUUCAGUUGCUUAGUAAAUAGGACACUAGGUGCACUAGGUGUGUGGAUGACUUCAUUCAUUUUGCAUAAACGGUUCUAACAGGUCGUCCUCUCUCCAGGUUUUACACACGUUGGAAGGAGUGGGAGUCGUGGUACUCGCAGAGCUUCGGUUUGCACUUCUCCCUCAGAGAGGAGCAGUGGCAGGAGGACUGGGCGUUCAUCCUGUCUUUGGCCAGCCAGGUAAUUGUGCGGUUCCUUCUGCGUUACUCACUUCCUUCCUCCGGUUCGCCAUCAAUCAAAAGUUAAAGAAACGUCCGGUCCUGCGCGGUCUGACUGUAAAGAGAGCGCUGUGAGAAAAAGGAGAACAAUACUCUGGAAAAAUGUGCUGAAUAAAUUAAUGCAAUCUCACAGUUGUAAUGUCAGACCCCUGACGUACAUGAUGGCCUCUAAUAGUGGAAGUCACUCUCAGUCGGUUUAGUUGUUCAUUUACUUGUUUUAGAAGAUCGUUGAACUGAUUACCUCACAUGUGAAAUGAUAAACGUUUACUUCCUCACUGAGGCACAAAAGGGUCUUCUUUUUGGUUUCCGGGACAAAAACACUGAGUUGGUCGUGCUUUUAUUGCUGUUUGGGGGAAAAUUAGACGAAAAUGUACCUUUUCUCAGCGGUUUAUUGGCUUGUUUUGAGUUUGUUUCCUUACAAACAUGCUAACUUUUGGUAAACUCAGACUUUUCCCCCCAAAUAAAUCACAAUUAAAUCCUACUGACAUGACCUUCCUCCAAUAAAACAUAAAAAAGUCAUCUCUUUUCUCAUCAAACUUUCACUGUUUACAUCUGUCAGUCAAAGUGUAGCCCAGCAUGACCUCGAAACUUCUAUUACCAACCCGCCUUUCAUUCUUAUGCUCACGCUGAAGAUGCAUGUCCUUAUUUGUGUUCCAGCUGAGCAUGAGAACACCACACAUGGGUUCAUAACCCCACUUAUGCGUAAAUCUCAGUUUAACUCGUAUAAGCCCGCAGCAGCUGUUGCUGUUUUGGAUUUCAGUUUGGAUAUUGAUUUACAAUUCUGUCCUGUCCGUUCACUACGACUUGCAGAAGCCCCACUGAGAGCGAGUCAUUCUGUUAACCAGUUGAUGGUUAAAUAAAAGAAAGAUAGUUAUGAUAUACAGACAGAAGUUUAAAUAAGAAUAAAGCAUAAGACCCUCGUGCAAAAGAAAUUUAAGAAAGCAGACACAAAAAGAUCCAAACAGAAAAGACCAAAGACGUCAUAAGACUGAAGUAAUGAAAAGGAAGGAAACAAUAAAGAUGGUCUGAAAACAAACAAUAAAAUAAAAUAUAAAGCAGUGAAAGGAAGUUAAAGUAAUAAGGUGAGGUCAACUUUGUCCAAAAACUGUCGUGACUCAAAAAGAGCUGCACAGGUCGAAUAUCUCACUGCGUCAGAAACAUGACAAAAACAAACCUCAAAGUCCAUUAACCUCCAAAACUAAAAUCAUGUGCCACAUGAAGCUUUAAUGAUCAUUUUUAUCAUGUUAGUGUUUCUGUCUGAAGCAGAGCACAUUUAGCACAAAAUAGACUGACCGUCUCAAUGCAAACCACCGAAGGUAAAGACAGUUGUUGACUUGGUGUUGAUUGAUUGGAUGAGGAGUAGCGUACGGGUACAUGCAUUAUCCAUCCAUUCAAUUAUUCCAUUCAAUCUAUAAACGAUAAAUGAAAAGUCAAUAUUUUGUAUCUGUAUAACCAUAAAAUAAAAAAAAUUAGUGUUUGUUUUCGUAUUUUCAGUUCAAAACAGGAUAUAUAAUAGAGAAGGAAACAAAAACUAAAUAAUAACUCUUAUUUACAAUUAUUGAUUUUGAGUUCGCCUGUUUUUAGCAUACGUGCAUGGAUGCUGAAUUGGCCUUCCCAUGAUCCUCAGCGACAGUUACCAUGGCGAAAGAUGCGACAGAGCGCUUCGAGUGCCAAAAUCUUACGUUGUAACAGAGCUAUGGUUGUAAUUUUUUCUACAGCCAUCUCUUCCUCCUUCAGUGUGACCUUCCUGGUCGCUUUAAAUAAUACAUAGGAUGCGUCCAUCUCCAUGACAGCAGGUUAGCCUUUCUCUACAGCUCUGGCCUGGAGUUUUUGGUCCACAUUGUUGGCUACUUUGUUGCACAAUGCGCAUAUUAUAUAAUCUGUUUUGAACUGAAAAUACGAAAACAAACACUAAUGCUUUAUUUUUUUGGUUAUAUAGGAAAAACAAAUAAAAUAUUUACUCGUUUUUUGUAUACUAGACUGAAUGGACGGAUAAUACACGGACCCAUACCUCACAGGUUUUUAGUCUCUGCUAGUACGGGAAAGUCCAAAGUCACUACAGCUGUUGGACUUGAACUCCAUUAAAGGAUAUUAUUGAUAGAAUUUUCCGAUUUAUCGUGUAUAUUUGAGUAGUUUUAUCUGUCAUCUAUGUCGAUUUCUUACCAGUCCACAGUAACUUCUAGAUUAACUUGCUGGAAAGAGAGAGUCAGGCAUUAAUGAGCAGUGUGAGUGUAGUGGGGAUGUUCACACGUUGCUGUAUUGAAGGUCAUUUUUUCUUUGAGACAUACUUGAACCAUAAGACACAGAUGGAAUCCUGCCAAGUCGUAACAGCUCUAAUCCCCCACUGUCAACACACUCACACAGAGAUACACACAGUCCUAAAUGCAAAAAAACACCGAGGACGUGUCAGCCCCGCUCUUUAGAAGUCGUUCAUUAACUCUGUCAUUGGAUUAAAACAGAGCCGGGGACUCAGAGGAGCAGCGCUGACUCUGGAAGGUGUAUCGUGAAUGACAGGGAGGACAUAAGCAAUUAUAGUCGAUCCCCUAAGACGGAGUUGUAGAUUGACAGACAGAUCAUCUGCUGGGCUGGCACGCCUGCUGAGGCUGCACUCCCUCCCAACAUGUGACCUCAGGAUUACAGGCAUUUAGCUCCGAGAGCCACUCCACGGGCAGAAUAAACAAACACUAGCAUUUGAUAACCUUGUCUCAGGAUUUGGCCGUAAUAGAGAGAUCAGAGGAUAAGAUCUGCCUCUGUAUAUCCUGUCAUAUAAGAAUGAAUGACUUUGAACAGCAGGUUUGAUAGCAGAUGGAGUCGGUUAUAAAUCUGUGCUCUAUGAGAAGGAGAGUGAAGGUAUCACACACUCUCAAAGCUUUCAUCUGUAUCAGCCCUCAUCAGUAUUUUUAGAUCUUUCAAUAUUGAGAUUCUGAUAUAACUUCCUCUCACAACAUUGUGGUUUUCUGUGUUUCUUUUUUGUCCUCCAUCAGCCCGGGGCCAGCCUGGAGCAGACCCACAUUUUCGUUCUCGCGCACAUUCUUCGGAGACCCAUCAUAGUCUACGGAGUGAAAUACUACAAAAGUUUCCGUGGGGAAACGUUAGGAUACACUCGGUUUCAAGGUGAGAAUGCAUCUGAAUAAAAAUCUUUGGUGGUAUAAAUAGUGAGUCUUGUAAAAAGUCUGCAAGUAUUUACUCAUCGAACCUUUCUUCUCUGCAGCAAGAGUGCAAAGAAACGGUUUCCUCUUGUGGCAGAAAUUUGUAGUUUGAUUUAAAGUUGAAUUUAAACAGAUUUUAAAGAGGCUCCUGUCUGCCAGAGUAACUUAUUCUGGUGUAUAAUUAAUUUAGGGGCAAACAAACCGUAACACCGAGUUAGACACCCCCUCGAGAAAUGAAUGUUGCAGACUGCUUGCUUUUCUAGUUAUACCAACUUUAGUAAUGACCGCACGAUAGCAAUACACAGCAGUCUGAGGAACCAUAAACAUACCUCAACCAAAACGCCACAAAUAAUUCUCAGAACAGCACCUAACUUCAUCAACAGUACAUAUAGGGUCCCAGCCAUAGUACUAGCCACCAAACAUCUUUUUAACUUUGCCUGAUUUUAGUAGCAAAGAGACUAAACACAACUCACCUACUCUCUUCCAGCAGCCGUUUGUUUGUAGCAAGACCUUGGGACAGUCCAUUACAGACUACAGCGGGGUGACGCAGCUCAAGGAAUAACAUUUAUGAUCAUUACCUUAUCAUUUCUGCUGUGUCACCCCGCUGUAGUCUGUAAUGGACUGGUUGAGGUCUCGCUACAAACAAACAGCUGCUGGAAGAGAGUAGGUGAGUUGUGUUUAGUCUCUUUGCUAAAGAAAUUAGGCAAAGUUAAAAAGAUGUUUGGUGGCUGGGACCCUAUAUGUACUGUUGAUGAAGUUAGGUGCUGUUCUGAGCAUUAUUUGUAGCUACAGAGUGGUGUUUUGGUUGAGGUUUGUUUAUGCCUCCUCAGACCGCUGUGUAUUGCUAUCCUGUGGUCGUAUAACUAGAGAAGCAAGCAGUCGGCAACAUUCAUCUCUCGAGGGGGUGUCUAACUUGGUGUUAUGGUGUGUUUGACCCUAAAUUAAUUUUAUGCUGGAAUAUCCCUUUAACAUCUGAAAGAUACAGGUUCCUUUGGCAGACAGGAGCCUCUUUAGAAUAUCCCUUUAAGAGCUUCAUAAGUGAAACACAUGACAGUGAGUCAGAAUAUCAACAUGUUUACCUCAUAAAGAGAAAGUUUCUCGUCCUUUAACUCGUUACUUUAUUCCUAAAAACGCCACAGGAUGCAAGUCUGUUUUGAUUAUUAUCAUGCAGCUACAUGUCUGAGCAUGUCUGAGUUUUCCUUUUUGUCUAGAUCAUGAUCGUGUCAUCAUGAUUGACAGCUCUUGUGAUAAAUGCAGCUGUCUGAUCAGCUGAUUAGAGGAGGAACAGUGAGAGAAAAGCGAACAAACACCAACACAAGAGUCACUGACCUUUUCAUAACUUCUCAACCAACAUGACAAUCUGCUCAGCUGUCGACCGCACCCACCUCAGGGAUCUUCAGUGUUGUAUCUGUAAGUUUAAUGCCUGCAGGUUUGGCAGCGUGCUGUGAUGCUACCAGCCAGGUGGCUUCAGCGCGUGUUUGAGUUACAGCUGCACAGAUGCCUCCGCUCUGUGGAGGCACUCACAAAGCUCUCAUUGUCCAAAUUAUACACACUCAGUGAUCGAAAGUUAGUCAACAUGUCUGAUACGGUGACUGCUGUUGUUGAGUCAGUGAGCUGUUUUGUGAAUUAAUCAUAGUCAGAGGAUAACUGGAGUAGGUGUCGAGAUGGAGCGUUUCAGUGUCUGUUUAGUUCAGAACUGGACUUACAAAGGGAAAGGAGAUGUAGUCCUGAAGUAGCAGGACACCAUGCUGCUCCACACAGCCCUUCUCUAUCUAUAAUGAACCGCUUGUUUCUGAUCUGGAGUCAGUUUUAAGACCGCACUUGGCCCCAAAUGACACUCACAUACUCUGUAAUGUGAGCAUUCAGCUGAAGGGUGGCUCCCAGCCGGUCGGACUUGAUUUAUAUGUGUACAUGUUAAUGUGUGUUCAUGUGUGUGUUUAGGUGUGUACCUGCCUCUGCUAUGGGAGCAGAGCUUCUGCUGGAAGAGUCCCAUCGCCCUGGGUUACACAAGGGGACACUUCUCGGCCCUGGUGGCCAUGGAGAACGAUGGCUAUGACAAUCGCGGUGCGGGCGCGAACCUCAACACCGACGACGACGUCACGGUCACUUUCUUGCCGCUGGUGGACAGCGAGAGGAAACUGCUGCACAUUCACUUCCUGUCUGCACAAGAGGUAUGGUAUAUCAAAUCUGUAUUUGUCCACAAUUCUGGGUCCUCCCACUCAAAGAGGUGACCUGCAUACUUUGAAUUGAAGGAGGUAGUUGCUAGGGCCCGAUUGAUAUGGAUUUUUUGGGGUCCAUACUGAUUACAAAUUAAUCUGCCGAUUUUUAAAAUUUUAGUUAUAAAAAAAGUUUUAAAAAAGUUUAAAGUUAUAAAAAGAAAUAUAUAUGUAUACUGUAGAUAUCUGCAGUGUACUGUAGAUAUACUGUAAGCUACUGCACUUCAUGCCGACAGGGAGACUGACUGAUCAAACUCGGACCAGAAAAGCGUUUUCAACUUAUUCUCCGCAUUUUAUUUCUGAAAAUAUCGGGCUAAAAUUGGCCGAUUUUAUCGGCUCACCUAGUAAUAAACUGUACAGCAAAAUGAGGAGUGAAGAAGUCCUGAUGGCUUGGACUUGAUGCUGGAGCACGAUGUUCAUUUCUAAUCGGCCAAACAGGUCUUUCUGUAGUCUUUGGAAAUGCCUCCUCUUCUUGUGGGGUCCCCCAGGGGUCUAUUUCGGGUCCCCUCUUAUUCACUUAGUUACUGUUGUUUCUCCCCCUACCUCCAGUUCUUGUUAUAAACACUUUUUAACUUGUUGGUAACACUUUACAAUAACCAUAAUUUAUAAAUGGUAAAAAGAUAGUUUAUUAGAUUAAUCGUUACUUAAAAACAGCAUAAGGACCAAUUAUUUAAUAGAUAGUUUAUUAAUUAAAGUUAGUAGAUAGUUUUACCACUAGCAAGCAAUGAAAUUAUGAUGAAUAAUGAUUUUCAUUAGUUAUUAAUGAGUGAUUUAUUAAAGGUUUAUAUAGGGUUUAAAUAUUGGUUGUAAACAACUAGAUUAAAAUGUGUGUCAGUAAAACUUUGUAAAUGAUUAAAAUUUGUCUUUUAAACCACCUAUAAACAUUACUUAGAUGGUUAUUGUAAAGUGUUACCAGCUUGUUUUUGAAAGAAACUUUGGUGGCUCACCUAGAUGUGGUUUAUGUAAAACACUGCUGUUGCUUUACAGAUUAAAAGUGCACAAUCUACACUAACACAAUCAAUAAUGGCAAAUUUAAGGAGGCUAAAAGUAGUUUACUUUUCCACAUUUCUGCUGAUAGUAAAACUUUUCUUGUUUUCGAGAGGCUUGAAAAAUGUUUCAAGAGCUGUAAAUCCAAAGUUCUCUCAUAUGUGGGACCUUUUCUGACUGUGGUGACCGCUGAUUGCACAAGGUAAUAAAAUCAUCCCAUUAGGGUCCGUAAUAAGUAACUGCAUGUUAUUCUGCUCCUCCCAGAUGGGGAACGAGGAGCAGCAGGAGAGGCUGCUGAGGGAAUGGCUGGACUGCUGCGUGACAGAAGGAGGCAUGCUGGCAGCCAUGCAGAAGAGCUCCCGCCGCCGUAACCACCCCCUGGUCACCCAGAUGGUGGAGAAGUGGUUGGACAGAUACCGACAGAUCCGCCCCUGUGCCUCUCUGUCUGACGGCGAGGAGGACGACGAUGAAGACGAGUGAGAGAGAGAGAGAGAGGAAAGAAUAAAGAGCUCUUACCUUGAGACUUGACACUGUGGGCUCUGGGAGAAAACCUUACUAUCUACAUUUCUGUUUCUUUUCUUUCAUCGAAGUGUAAAUCUUUAACUUGUAAUAAUGCAUGUGUUCUGUGAGCUCUGUGAUAGAAACAAGAAACCAGCACCAACAAACAGAAUCCUGAUUACUGCUCCUGUGAAAGCACUUGAAGUGUGCGUAGUUUUAACUCCAUUACCCAGAAUGCCCUUAUUUGUCAUCAAAGUUAUAAUCUCCACCUGAGAGACAAACCAGGAAUUAUAGGAAGAUAUAUUUAAGUAAACCCUGAAGCUGCUCGAGAUGAGAAAUUUCAUUUACAGAGAUGCCUGACAGAAAUUUAGCUUCAAACUGAGACGAUGUUAACCCUUGUGUGUAUGGUUAAGACUUAAGGAACACCUCUUUCCCCUCUGCGAUUGCCCCCCUCCCUCCUUUCUGAUGUUUGGAUUUAUUUAUUCGUUUAGGAGAGGUGAUACCUUUUUUUUGUUCUGUCCUGUUUUAUCUGUGUUCUUUACGAUCCCUCGGGUCUUGAAGUAUUUUAUUUUGCACAGAUUAUACCCACAUUCUGUGAGCGGGGAGGAGGGAGGACAAAGGACGUGUAAGUUUACUGACAUUUUUACGUGUGGGGUCGCGGCUCAUGGUCAUGCUAGAGUGGGUGGUGGUCAUGCUGGUGGGGACAACAGAAAAACCAAACACUCAGCCUCUUUCUAUAGAGUGCAUUCAUAUUAAAUUUGACUCACUUGCAUCCUCUUUGUUGCCUGUUUUUUUGUUUGAAAAACCUCUUUUUGUGAUGGCUGGGAUUGGUCUUUUUGAAAACGAGUUCGCAGUUUCAGAAGGUGCUCGUGGAGAGUAAGGGGUUAAAAUUUGAGUUGCAUUUUCAGGACUUGAUUAACAGUUACGAAGUUGAAGCCGAAGACCACAAAAUGGACAUUUUUGUUCAUUUUUCGACAGGCAAAUUUUACUCCUUUUUAUUUUUUAAUAGGCAUAAAAUCACUUUUUUUAACUUCCUGUAAGUUUUUUUAUAAUUAGUUUGAAAUCUCUGUGUUUUCUUUUCCAAAACACAACCACAUAGAAAUCUUUCCCAUGCACAAGCUUAAAAUAACGGUAGUUUGCUGUAAAUCUCUGGCACACAUCCCCCGGCAAAUAACAGCAUAGGAACAAGGUUAUAAUAGUUAACUAAAACGAAACUAAAAACGAAAACUAAAAUUUUAAAUACAUUGCAGUUAACUAAAACUAAUAAAAACUAGAAAAGAAAACAAAAACGAUAAGUUAACUAAAACUGUAUCUUGUGUUCACAAAACUAACUAAAAUUAUAGACAUGUCCUUCGUUAUCGUUUUUGAUAAUAUUUAUUAGCCUUUAGGAUUUAAAUUAAUCCGACACAUAUUCCUAACCAAUUUUACGACAGAUGUCAGCGCCGUAUGGCACCAUCAUAGCGACGUACUGGGACGUGCUUGUUUACUGCACUGACUGGCUGUGCGCUGUGCUGCGACGGCGCUCGUCUUGUUGGAACAACUCGGAAGAAAUGGCUAUGGUUGGGAGGAGGCGGCAGUGCCCCACCUUCCGCCUGUAUGUUUAUAUUUUUUAUAUCAAGUUUGUAUUAUUUUCUUGUGUUUAAGGCAGCAGCCAACAGUACAGUAUCAGCAUUGACUGAGCAGUGAGCACUACGUUGGACUUGAAAAUAAACAGUAAAAAUAAAAUGCGGAGAAUAAGAUUCGGUUUCACUUCGAAAAUGUUCCGCCAUUUGAAAAGUUCCCCGACUUAUCCUGUAGAUGGCGCAGCGACCUCAUGACAAUCUUCAUCCACUAACUACCUCACAGCACAGCAGAGUGACGGAUCUGAAGCAGGCAGCUCAGGGACACACGGAGGAGAGUGGUCCGCCUCAACGGUAAAUAAACCAGUUUGUGGAAUACACAAUAAGUCAACAAGCUGGUCUUGGUCACGCCGAGUUAAUGUUGAAGCACCAUGUAAUAUGCAAGCUAAAGUUAAGAGUUAGCUAUCUGCUAUUAGCCUUGCUACACUGUUAGCUGUGCAAGUAACGGUAGAAUAAACAACAGUACACAUUAAGUGAUCGAGCUACUUCUCUUACUGAGGCUUUUCU